AACCUUUGUCUCUCUUCCCCCACUCGCCCACCAUGUCUCGACGCGCACACAAUGUCGGCCAGUCCACCCAAGUCACUGCACACUCACUCGCCAUCCUUGGGGAGCAUACCCACACCCUCGACUCUGUGCCCCUCGAUCUCUCCCGUAGCUUUGCCGACCUGCGAGAGCUCGACGCCGUCCUCUCAUCCUCCAUGACUCUGCUCGCCGCCAAGAUCACCGAAUUAACCGUCAUGCUAGAGAACAAGACCGAAUCCAAAGAGAAAUGCCUAUGGCUGCUCGCCCAGAUUGCCGAGGAGGCUACCCGCCUGAAGGUCGGCGGGGACGACAAGAUUCGGGUGGCAUGCCACGCGGCAGAUACCCUCCGCGCACACAACUCGCAUAUGAAGGAGCUCAUGAACGCGAUUCCAGACAGGGACUUCGACAACAUCGAACCCCUUGGCAGGAGGACCAUAUUCCCACAUGUGGCGACGCGCUCGUACAUGCCGCUAGGAGGCUCAGGCGAAGGUGGACGGCGGCAACGACGAGCGGCACACAGCAGCUUGUUGACCAGCUCAGCAGUCGAUGCCAGUCCGAACAAGAGGAAGAGGGUUACAGGCAGAGAUGACGAGGCGGAGGUCGUCGCCAAAACACCCCGGAAGGAUAGACAAGGUGAACCGUCUAGGCAGCGCGUUACUGCAAGGAACAGAAGACCUGAGCGCGCUACCUCACCGGCCGAGUCCUUAGUAUCAGUUGCUUCUCAUAUGCCCCCUGCACCGCAAGCAACGGGCAAUCCUCCUAACUCUCGCGCCAGCAUCAAGCGCUCGCGCGCAGCACACAACGCUAAUACUCCUGGCCAUAACACCAUGGAUCCUUCACCACAUAUUUUCGAUCUCUGGAGUCCGCCCGAGGCUCAUCGCUACCACCUACCACUGUGGUACCAGGAGAGAUGUGACCACAAACGCGAUCGCCCGAGCGACAACUGCCGCUAUUACGUCACGCUGUCUUUUCUAGACAUACCUGACCUCGCUUCCCUGAGCCAUGUGCACCCAGUUCUUGCUCAGUAUGCCGAGGACCCAGUCCUUCAUCGUUUCCGCCUGCAAGUUGUAGCCCCAUCUAGGGUUUCACACUCGUUGUUCCGGCAGAGCUCUGCGGGCGUCCCCUUGAGACCCACUGUCCCCGAUCUGGUUCACCGGGGUAUCAUACGAGGGCUUGGUAUUGAGCGCCGCUGGCGCGCGGGCAUGUAUUUUCACUCUCAGCAUAUGGUGACCCAAUACGAGAAUUCGCUUCGCCUGCAGCGUACACACGCAGGCAACGUGAUUGAGUCCACUCUCCGGCGACGCUCCACCUCUACUCUCUCUCAUGUCUACUCCGAACGCAUGCUCCCUGAGGAGUCGGCUUCGCCAGCCAUCUCGCCGUCCCUUAUUCCUACCAUGCGCAAACUCAAAUGGUCCCUCCAAAGGGAUAGGCUUGCCAAGCUCGUCAAGGCCCGAAGCGACCUGGUGCGCAAUGGCGGCGUCGUAACGUGGCUGGAAGGUCGCGGCAAGACUGUCAUGCGCAAAGAGAAUGAGCGUGUCAGACUUGCCCUGUGCCCUGGGAUCAGCAGCAUUGUGCAAUUCUAUGAGGGCUUGAGCCGUUGA